CGGCGACCGAGCGAGGAAGACCCGGAUGAGGCGGCGAGAGAGAGUCGGGAUCCUUUCACUCAGCAGUUAAAGAAAAGAAAAAAAAAGAGAGAGCAUCGCCAAGCGCAUCCGAAACGAUGACGUCACUAACGAGCUCCGAGUUGCGCCACCUUCCCGACAAGAUGUUGGCGCAAAUCAUCCACACGAUCCAGACUUUCCCCAACGAGACGGUGGACUUCAGCCGGCCGAUCGUGCGCCGAACUCUACGGGGCAGCUACCCACUUUUCAUUACCAUCUAUUGCCUCCUCGCGCUCGCCGGCGCCGUCGCCAACUCGGCCUUGCUCGCUCGGCUCUUCCUCGCCCGCCACUUCUACAGCGACCCCACCUGCGUCUACGUCAUGAACUUGGGCGUGUGCAACCUACUGGCUAGUCUGGUGCUUCUACCGCUGUCGCUCGUGGUGCUUCUGUUGCAGAACUGGGUUCUCGGGAGCGUGAUGUGCUAUCUCUUGCCCAUGUUGCAGGACGUGCCCAUUCAUGCGACGAUGGCCACCUUCGUAGUAAUAUCAGCUGAUCGCCAUCGUAAGAUUGCGUCACCGCUUGAGCCACGUGUGUCAGCCUCCACCGCCGUCGCUGGGAUAUGGGUGGCAGCGCUGAGUGUUGUUUUGCCAUACGUCAUGUAUGUAAAUUAUAUUGACCUCCAGGUGAUGUUCGGGAGGCAGUUUGACGGCGUCGGAAUAUGCACACUCAAUUUGAACGACAACAUAGCACUGUAUAUACGUCUACUGUAUGGCCUGCUGUACGUCGUCCCGCUCCUCCUAGUCAUCUAUUUUCACCUUCGAGUCAGCCACGAGAUCGAUCGGAGGGUCAGCGACCGAGAGGACCGCUGUCAGCCGUCGCUUGAGGAGGGAGAGCUGACGAACCGGAUUUGGACAGUGAGAGGGAGGACGGCGACUGUGAGUGCCAUACGCAGGAACGACGUGGCAUCGCGUGGCACCUUCCACGGAGAGGCGGAGGAGUGCCAACUCGACCUGGAAGAAGAGAAGAGGAGCCAGACAUACUUGGCACUCAUCAUCGGCAUCUCCACGCUGUGCCUCACCCCUCUGGCUGUUCUCAGAUUAGUCAAAAACGAAAUUCUGGAAACACGUCAGAACUCUGGACACUUUGACAUCACUUACAUCACCUUCGUUUGGGUCGCUUUCCUGCCAGCUGUCAGCACGCCGGUCGUCUUCGCGGCGUGGAAGUACAAGAGAUGGGACUCAAGGCAGAACCAGCUGCCUUCUCGAGCCUGCUCCGGCCAGGAACCACGAGCGAAACUUUUCAGUACAAACGUCUAACUUUUUUUUUCUUUUUCAUCCUCUUAGUGUGUGAGGAUUUUGUGUUAUCAUCAUUCAUUUUGUGAAUACUUUCUGGAUCUAAUAAGAAAAGAUAGAUAGAGAGAUAGAUUUUGUUUAUAAAAUGAUAGUGACGAUCAUACAGAAAAAAGUGUAGAAGCAUAGUAUAUGUGAUUUGUAACAUGUGUAAUUACAAUCGUGUAAUUACAAUCAGUGUUAGAUUAAUCAUCUAGUCUACAAGGUAUCUGGCGCCUCAAAAAGUGAAUGAAUAAAACAAGAUAAUGGCAA